GGUUGGACGUUCCGUUCCGACGUCCACGGUGGUUUAAAAGUUUGUCGAUGGAAUUCCACUGGCCGAGCACGCCCCGCGAAGCCAUUCGACUACGAUUACAGUUACGACGGAGAUAAGAACACAGCAAGCAACAUGAAGUCAUCGGGAUUGGCAAGUUUGUGGUGCGCCUCGGUGAUCUUACUGCUACUGGCGGCCAUUGGCCAGCCGUUCGAAAUCGUGGAGCGCUACGGACUAGCGAAUCCGACGCUCGCCCAGAAGAUGAUCCGCCUCGCCAACCCAACGCACCUCGAUGAAGCCCUCGAGUAUGGCGAAAUGGUGGUGGAGAAAUCGAAACGGCUGGAAGCCUCGAUUAGCGGGGCCGGUUCCCGGGUGAAGGUCACCAGGGAGGGCACCACGUACGCCCAGACCAUCGACGGGUAUCCGACGCCGAGUACCGAGCGUCAGGAUUUGCUGGCCCGCACGGUGCUCCGCGCCUCGGCAUUCAUCGUCAACCGGUACUGUCUUCCGGCCGCCAUUUCUUCCACCGAGUGUGGCGCCUUUCUCGGUGCCAUUACGCUUCCGGAUAGCUCGCCUCUGACUGAGCGGUGCAGGGCAAUGAUCGCGUCGAAGGAGCACAACGACGAGUACCGUCGAUUGCUACCGGCCGCUUACGACGACGGGAUCUACACGUUCCGGCGAAGCGUGUCCGGUGGAGAGCUACCGUUGGCACGCCAAAUUUCUGGCCAAUUCCACACGGCGACCCAGAACGGGGGCCAUCGUGACGCAGGGCGCCAUUCGGUGGCCCUGGUGCAGUGGUCACAAUUUAUCGAGCACGAUUUGGCCAAAACGACCGUGCAAACCAUGCACGACGGAACGCAGAUUGAAUGCUGCACCAACGAACACGGUCCGCUGCUGCCUCGCUAUCGACAUCCGGCAUCCUGCGCGCCGUUGCCGGUUCCCGCCGAAGAUCCGUUCUACCGGAAGCACCAGGCCACGUGUCUCAACUAUGUCCGCAGUGCGCUGUCGCUCGGUGAGACCUGCCAUCUGGGGCCAGCCAACCAACUGAAUGCGGCCACUGCCCGGUUGGACCUGUCGCAGGUGUACGGAAGUACGGCGAACGAUACGUCGCAAUUGCGAUCCCUACAGGGUGGUCGUCUCCGGGCGCAACAUUCCGAUUCUCUGGACUACCUGCCUAAGGCAGCGUCCGAGAAGCUGUGCGUAGCGGACGAUCAACUUGAAAUUACGUGCUACAGUUCCGGUGAUAGUCGCGUAAAUGUGAAUCCUUACGUUACGCUCUUACACACGCUGUUUCUUCGUUCACACAACCACCUAGCGAAGCAUCUGGCCCGGUUGGCCCCGCAUUGGACGGACGAGCAGCUGUUCAACGUCUCGCGACAGGUGAACACCCGGGUUUAUCAGAACAUUGUCCGCGAGUGGCUAACAACGGUCGCUGGGCGACGCGAGAAGAGCAAAUCCGUGGACCGGGGAGAUGAUGGAGUGAGCAACGAGUUUGCGACGGCUGCAAUCCGCUUCUACCAUACGAUGAUGCCCGGGGUCAUCGGUAACGGUACCGAUCUGCAGCCACUGUUUUACCGGCCAAAGGAUCUCCGGAAACGCGACUACUUCAUCCAUCUCGUUGGCUCCGUGCUGCAGCAGAGCGCGAUGGCUCUCGACACCGAGUACGUGGACGAUGUGGCGCACCUCCUGUUUGGAGCCACGGGUCAGGUAGGACUCGAUGUGCUGGCGCUGGACAUUCAGCGGGGUCGAGAUCACGGGUUGGCACGAUACGUCGACUACUACGCCUUGUGCAACGGGGAUCAGAUCAACGGCUGGUCCGAUCUGGAAAGUGUGAUGAAACCGAACGAUCUGGCGAUCCUUCGCUCGGUGUAUGCUAGUGUACGCGAUAUCGAUCUAGUUGUGGGAGGUAUUGCGGAACGUCCGAAAGACACCGAUGCCACCGUUGGGCCUACGUUCGCGUGUUUGAUUCGCGAACAAAUCGAACGCUCUCUGCACAUGGCGCCGUCCGGACUGAGCAUCGAUCUUGAUGCCGCGGUAGCAGAUUACGGAGGUGCCAGGUUCAUGUGUGAUACGACGAUGGUGGAUCGAGUUCAGCAGGAUAUUUUCCGCCUCCCAUCGGCGGUCGAUAACCCACAGGUGCCCUGUUCGCAGUUACCAGCACUCGAUCUUGCGCGGGUCGUACGUGCGAUCGAGGAGCGCGCGAAAUAAAUGGUGCGACAAGGUCAAAAUGGCGCCCGAUGACGAAGGUGUCUCGUCAAUGAGAUGCGCCUCUGAGCAUUGACUAAUCGUGACUUGUGACCCCUGUGCCUUUCCUGCGUUAAUGGAAAUGAAAGAUGAAUACGUUCGUUUACGCCUGAAAGACUUAAAGGCUCGUUACGUGGUGCGUAAAAGAGCAACAAACCCACUAAGCCACACUUACAAGAGAUGAUGUUGCCACGCUGAGCAACUUUCGGUGGCAUUGAUUGCUAUGACGCGGAUUCAAAUACCUCCUCGUUUCCAUUUCAAAUCAGCGUGGAACUCGUGUGGUAAUUUAAAUAACAACGGGCCAUUUUGUGACCAUAACGUUGAUUGAAAGAUCGACGAACCAUAAUUUACAAACACUAGUUGUAAUUUUUUUAAAAAUAAUAAAGUAAUAAAAUUAUAUUUGUAUGAAGU